AAAAAUCACAGAUCUCAUCAGUUUCUACUUGCUGCCAUUGAGAAUUCCUAGUGAUAGCCACAAUGGCUUUUCGCUCUGUAUUUCUUGUUUUCUUAGCUGGCCUGGCAUUUUUCUCUGAAGCUACACCGCAGGGCUCUUCUGAUUCCAAGCAUCCUCUUGUUGUAAGAAUUCUGGAUUCAGUCCGAGGAAGUCCAGCUCCAAAUGUUCCAGUUAAGUUAUAUAAAGCAGCUGCAGAUGGAUCUUGGGAACUGUUAAAUUCAAAACAAACCAAUGAAAACGGAGUGCUUCAAGAGCUUACAACUAAAGAACAAUUUGUAACAGGGAUAUAUAAGAUUGAGCUUGAUACAGCCUCUUACUGGAAGAAACUGGGUUUGAAUCCCUUCCAUCAGCAUGCUGAUGUGGUAUUCACAGCUAACGAUGUUGGUUAUCGACAUUACUUCAUCGCUACUGUCCUCAGUCCCUUUUCUUACUCAACUACAGCAGUAGUCAGUGAGCCGGUGGAAUAGAAACUCGACAUUAAGCAUAAGGCUUUAGAUGUGUAAAUUAAAGUUUCCAUAAACUCUACCGAAUAGUUUCUGACUUUGGUAACGGUUUUAGAAUUUACAUAGCACUUCCCAGAGUAAAUCACUAACAGCAAACGUCAAGUUGUUUAUUCCUUUUGUUAACUUUAGGAAGAUGUAUUGACUUUGCUUUCAAUCACUCUUGUGAAUAAAAGCAUUCAGAGAAACACA